UUCGAUCGGCGAUCGCAGAUUCAGUGCAGACAUGCCGCCGAGCUGCGUGGAUGCGAGUACGGUGAAUUGGCUUAGCCGUAUGGCUUCCGAGCCAUACUGGGCUCUACACUUUCUUGCCUUAUUCUCGUACGUUCCAGUUCGUUGCUCCGCCGCUAGCGUCCUGGGUUCUGCCCGCUUAGAUCAUCUUCUUCAUCGUGAGAUUCAAGCGCUGCUUUCUUUUUGUGUUAUAACUGCUGUGAAGGCAGUGAAAUCAGAAUCAUGGGAGGCUUUUAUAGCGGACACUUUGUUCUGUGUUAAGAUUUUUCUUGCUGCUAUUGCUUUGGUCAUAGAUUAUCACUUGGCUCUGUGGUACGGAGUGGCAUUUUUGGUUAUAUAUAUCAUCACACAACAGCCUGCAUAUGAAGGACUAGGUACAACAAGUCAAUUGACACCUCUCCAGUUGGAAACUUUGCUUACUGAAGGAAAUUCUUCCAAAUUCUGGAUGGUAGAGUUUCGAUCAUUGUCCAUGUCCAGUUGCGUAAAAUCAAGCUCCUAUUUCCCUGAACUAUCAAUUACUUUUUCAAACAAAAAUGUAUCCUUUGGAACAGUUGAUCUUGGUCUAUUCCCAAAUGCUGCUGAGAAGUUUGGAAUCACCCUUGAAAACCUCCACCAACUUCCAACUUAUGUAUUGUUCCGUGAUGGUGUUGAAAUCUCACGGUACCCUGAAAUAAACUCUGAAGCAAAAAUUUUUGAUCAUCCUGUGUCUAAGAAACUUCUUUGCCGACACUUUGAGCUUGAUAAACUCCUCCUUGAUUAUAUAAAUGGCAAAUAGGCAUCAAGUAAUCAAACUGUUUAGUGUUCCAAUCUGUUACUUGAUCGCCAAAAGCUCCCUGUUGUCUCUUCUCCCACUUCCGAACAACGUUCAACACAAAGUUUUCCUGUGCCAUGAGAAACUCAAUGGCCACAUAUUCAUGGAAUCAAACCAGACUUGCUGGAUAUAUAUAUAUAUAUAUAUAUAGAUAGAUAGAUAUGUUGAAGAUUAUGGCCAUUGAUUCUGUGACCUUGGUAUAACCUUUUUUUAUCUCCUUACCUUUUAUUUUCUCUUUUAAGAGGGUAUAAUAUAAUGCUCUUAUCCUGAUUUGGACACAAAGUAUACAUGUAAUGUCUUCAUUGUUGUUGCUAAGGAAUUCAUUUGUAAUUAUCUGUAUGGACACCUCA